AUGAGUUUAACUCGCAAAAGAUCCCCCAUAGCUUGCAAUCUUUGCCGGCAAAGGAAGCGAAAAUGCGACGGCCAUAGGCCUACUUGUCGCCUAUGCAAGGUGGCCGGUGUUCCAUGUGACUAUCAGGAUUUUAUUGCUCAUACCGCGAGCACCCCUUCGCCGGUGACUGAGGAUGUUUCUUCACCCCUUCUAGAGCAACUCGAUGGUCUUGAAAGAGCAAUCCAAAGACAAAACACUGUGCUGCCAUCCGAAAAGCAUUGUCAAUCUUCGAAUUCCGAGUUACAGGAAUCCUGGGGCAAACAAAAUGGCUCGGAACACGAGCCCAAUAUAUCAGGAUUCUCAUCGUCACUGUUAUUCACGCCUGAGGUAUCAUUGCUCCAGCCCCAGAAGUUCCUACUUACAAUUCCUGUUGGCCAUGUUACUCCAGCGAGCAGCCUUUUUUCAGUUGAUCAAAUCAGAAAGCUUAUCGGGAACUAUGCAGAAGACUUUUUCUAUAAGAUCGAAUCCACGAGGAACCUCGAGCCCCAAAUGCCUGAUACUGUUUUCAGCAUUGAAAAAGAUGAUGCAGAUGCUCUACUCGCAUCAUUCUUCUCCCAAAUUCAUCCUCACUUCCCAAUUCUGAAUCCGAAUAGCUUUAGGGGCUUUGUCCAUGAAAAUCUUUUUGCUCGCACUGGGAAUAAAUCUGGCGAAGCGUUGUGUCUUGUUGUUCUUGCUCUUGGGAAACUUGCGUCGAACCGACAGGCUUGCUCUCCUGGGCAGUGCUCGGAGAUUAAUGGGAUAGAACUCUUUGCUCGAUCAUAUUACAAGCUGAUCUCGCAGUGGACCACAUCCUUCCAUUUCAAUUUACCACUUGUCUGUGGUCUGGUAUAUUGUGCAAUCUACUUAUGCUAUCAAGAACGUCCUCUUCAAUCAUGGAGCAUGGUAUAUAUGGCUUCCACGAAAGCCCAGAUCAUGGUGAAGCAAAUCAACGACACGACGAGCCAAGAUGAGGUGGACUGCUUGGGACGCUUGUGUUGGACAUGCUUCCUUCUGGAAUGUGAUAUGCUGGCAGAGUUCCAUCUGCCACGCAGCGGGAUUGAGCUUACGGUCGAAAGCAUUCCAUUUCCGUGCUUUGCCAAAGGCGUUGACUCCGACGGCCUUACGUUUUUGGCAGAAUGCUCAAUCAGGAGAUUGCUGAACCGUGUUCACGGAGCGGUUUAUGCUAGCUCCAUAGGCCCAACCGGGGUCCCAGAAGAUGGGCUUAGCCGACUCAACAGUUCAUUUACUACCGAGCACCUUCUGACAGUGGACUCAUUGGAAAAUCUUUGCAACGAGCUUUCCCAUCAACUAGAUUCGUGGUGUCACUCUUUACCAGAUGGCAUCAAGUUCGAUCUGACGGACAGUGAGCCCACUAGCUGGCGGGACGGCUGGUUGAGAUGUCGGUAUUGGUCUGCAAAACACAUUAUUUGCCGACCAUGGCUCCUCUACGUUGCGUCCCUGCCAAAUAAUACUCAUUUCCCAGCAUUUAUGGUGGAGCGUUGUGAAUCCUGUGUGCAGAGCUGUCGCAAUUAUAUCCAGAUUGCUGCUCAUGUUUUGCAGGAAAGGAGUCAAUAUACCUGGACGACUAUUCAAGCGUAA